AGAUCAUGUUCGAGUGCCAGCGUGGCUACAAGCUCACCGGCGGCCCCCCGGGCGCCACGUGCCUCCGGGGGCAGUGGAGCCCCUCGACGCUGCCCCGCUGCGAGCCCCUCACCCACCCCAACCUCCACUGGUUGAACAACCGGAAGAAGAGGAGUCUGAAGGCCGUGCGGACCGGGAUCCGCCUGGGCGGCGCCGGGGGCCUCAAGACCAGGAGGAGGGACGAUUCUCGGCGGCAGCGUCAGAACUUCGACCUCCCCAAGCGUCUCAGGCCGGUCGGCAAGGGGAGGCGGCAUCGACGCAGGAAAAAAGAAGAGGUCCUCGUGGAUAAGGAGAGAGGGAGAAACGAGACUCUGUUUAAGUUUUGCAGGCUCCAACUCGCGUUUGUACGGCUCAUGCCUGAAGACGAUCGAGCAGGCUUUUUCAGGGUUGCAGGCAAUCAGGAGAUGUGCGACCCCCUCAACGAAAGCUUCAUGGAGAUUGAAGUGGUGAAACCCGGACGAAUCGAGAACGAGACCUACUCCACCGGCGUGAAGCUGAUGGUGAACUGCACCCGCGGCUACGUGUCCAACUUGGAGCAGCUGAACCUCGUCAAGUGCGUCCGCGGGAAGUGGAAGCCGCGGAAACCGGAAUGCCAUCCGAUGCCGUGCCGGGUCCCGGGAGCCAUCGACGGGCGGUUCAGCAAUAGCAGCAACGGGGAGAAUCUGGCGGGGGGGAAGACCAUUCCGCACGGGGAGACGAUCAGAUUCAGUUGUCAUCGCGGCUACAGUAUUCAUGGGAACGACGAGCAGAGGUGCUGGUAUGGAGAAUGGGCCUCCCGGAAACCGGAUUGCAUACCAGAACCAUGCGAACUCCCCGAAAUCGAAGAGGGAGAAUACCAGGGGCUGUACCGAGCGAGACAGUCCAUCGCCCACGGCACCACGAUCAAGUACCAAUGCCAGUCCCCCUAUUCCGGGAUGGAGGAGUCGCGAUCCGCCGCGUGCUACCUGGGCAUGCUGGGCCCGCAGUACCCGAGCUGUUCCACGCAGCGCGACGAGAGAGCCGGCAAGAAAGCGAAGGGGCCCGGUCUUCCGUUUCGGCCUAGGGGGAUUCCCCCUGGGAGGAUUCGGAAGUGGGCACGUAGAGGAGGGACGUCGUCUGGGGACUGGGAGUCAUUUAUGCCGAGGCUGGAGAUGAGCGCAGAGGGAGGUCAGAGGAGGACCCAGGCCCUUGCCCUCGAUCCAGCCUCAUCGGCGUUGAUGGCGUUGGAGAAUUCGGGAAAGUGCGGACGAAACUGGGAGGAGAUUCAUUUCCGCAUCCGUAACGUCGAUGGGCUUCGACUCGAGCACGAGCGGGAGGCCUCUGCCUCCUGCCCCAUCUCACGUCCGUCUCCACGGACGCGAGAUGAGGCAGGAGGCGGUUGGUGGCUUGGCUCUCGCGGAACGGGGCCGGGAGGACGUGUUUCCUGGGACUCGGGGCUCUUGGUGGUUCGACGAGGGACUGAAGCUCUCGUCGGUUCUGCAGCGGGUGAAGUGGAAAGGUUCCCGGGGGAUAUAUUUGAGACGUAA